AGUAUAGUGAUGUCUGUUAGUUAAAAUUUUGAGUCUAUUUAUCUGUAGUGUCUUGCCUGUUUUGUGAAUCUGGCCCCUGGUUAUUUAGCAACAGAAAAGCAUAGUAUGCUACAGCACACAUUACAGUCCUGCACGGACAAACGGCGUAGCUCUAACUGGAGCGGCUCUGAACACUGCGGUUCUGUUGCCAGGUUCUGCUGAAGAACGUCACCACGGUGUCUCUUCCCUCAGUCAUGGACCCUCUGGCCUUCGAGAGCGUGUUAAACUCGGCCUACACGGGUCAGCUCAGCAUCGUGCGCGACGACAUCAUCAACUACGUCACGGUGGCCAGCUUCCUGCAGAUGUGGCACAUCGUGGACAAGUGCACGGACAUCCUGAAGAGGUCGCGACCUUUGGUCCAGGUCACCCCCGGCGGGGCGGCGUCCUCCAGUCACCAGUCGCCCAGCAGCUCCGACUGCUGCUUCGCCGAUCCGGAGGACGGGGAGCGAGCGGCGAGCGAACAAACUCUGGAAAAACGGCCGCAAAGCGCACUACCGCCUCUGGCCACAUGGAGGCGUCCGACUCAGAGCAGGUGGAGCAGAAGCAGCUUGACGUUCCCCAUCCGAACGGAGCCCGGAUGCGGCCCGAAUACGGGAGACGAAGGUUUCCACGCAUUCCCCGUUGCGCCUUUGCCGUCCAUCGAAACUUCAGACUUCGCAAGGCACCGAAUCCGCGCUCGCCUCCGAGGAGCGAAGGAAGACGAGGAGCAGCGGAGGAUGGAAGCGGAUGAAGGAGUCGGAGAGCCACUCGAUGAGGACAAAGUGAGGGUGAAGUGUGAGGAGCACCAGGCCGGAGCCGUCGAGGCGGACGGACGUCUCAGAGAGAGCGAGAGCUGCGAGACGGACGAACUGUGGAACCAGUGGACUUUGUCAGACGCCAAGCUCCUGGACGAAGAUGAGGAGGACGAAACGGACGUCGCGUUCGAGACCUACGACGAAAUCGAGAAGGCCACGGGGCAGAUUUCCCAGCGUCCUUUGCCACCGCCAACGUCCAACCAGUUGGCUCCGGGAACGUCCGAGCUCUCCUGGGUCUCGCAGUCGUCCUCGUCCUCCCCGUGCUCUCCUCUCUCUGCGACGCCCAAAGUCCACUUCUGUCACUGCGGCAAAGCGUACACGCUGAAGAGCAUGCGCGACCGCCACGUGAAAAUGCAGCACCUGAACCUGCGUCCGUUCGCCUGCCCCGUCUGCUCCAAGAGCUUCAAGAUGAAGCACCACCUGACCAAACACGUCAAGACGCACGGAGGCCUGCGUCCGUAUGAGUGCGCGCUCUGCGGCAAGAAGAUCGUCUGGAGAGACAGUUUCCUCAAGCAUCAGGCUCGCUGCCAGGGAACGACGACGACGACGUCUGGCCAUCAAAAUGACGACGCAGAUGCACCUGGACAAGUGAAGGUGGAACAGGAUGAUUAUUCAUUACAGGACGAGGAAAUACACUCUUAAAAGUAAAAGUUCUGAAAGAGGUUUUUGCGUUGAACGCCAAAGGAAUGCCAUUCCUUUCAGUCAACAGUUCCCCUAUAAAUUGCCGUUUAAAGUUUCUGUGGAUGUUAAAGGUUCUUUAUGGAACCAUCGAUGCCAAUAAAAAAAACCUUUAUUUUCAAGAGUGUGAACUCUCCAAAAGAGGGUUCAUCGAAGAAGUGAUCAGUUCUUAAAACAACCAUUUUUUUUCUUAGCGUGGAUGUUGAAGGUUUUUUCCACUAUGAAGAACCUUUAAUGGUUCCAUGGAAGUUGAAGUUUCUUAAAAGGGGUGGUUGAUUGCGAUUUCACUUUUUUAACG